AGCUAUGGAUUUUUUUAAAAUUUCCUGAAGAAGCAUCAUGUUAUAAUAAAUGAUGCUGCUAAACGUUGUUGUUUGUUAAUUAGGCUAAGAACCUAAUUUGUGUAACACUUCUUUGUAUAAAUUGUAGAACCAAGUAGUAGUACUCUUUCUUGUUAUUCUCUGCUUCUAUAAUGGCUUCAUCUUACGCAUCAUUCUCAUAUAUCUCCAAUGGUUUCGUUGCAAGCCCACCUCCAAAUUCUUCGGCUUUUCUCCCCCCUUCGUUGAAACUUACCACGAGGACAUCGAAUUCUCGGAAUCUGAGAAAUGGGGUUUCCCUGAAAUCUUCGAAUAAUCAUGGACUUCUAGUCAAAUCAAGAAAUUUCCGUAGUGUGUAUGCAAGAGCUUCUGCAGAGAAGACUGUUCACGAUUUCACUGUAAAGGACAUAGAUGGGAAAGAUGUAUCUCUGGACAAAUUUAAAGGCAAACCUCUUCUGAUCGUUAACGUCGCUUCAAGAUGUGGUUUGAAAUCAUCAAAUUACUCAGAGCUUUCACAUCUGUACGAAAAGUACAAGAACCAAGGAUUUGAGAUUCUAGCUUUCCCUUGCAAUCAAUUUGGAUUUCAAGAGCCUGGAUCAAACCCUGAGAUCAAGCAAUUUGCUUGUACACGAUUCAAAGCUGAGUUCCCUAUAUUCGAUAAGGUUGAUGUUAAUGGACCAACUACAGCUCCAAUCUACAAGUUCUUAAAAUCUAGUGCUGGUGGAUUCCUUGGUGAUAUCAUCAAAUGGAACUUUGAGAAAUUCUUGGUUGACAAAAAGGGCAAAGUCGUCGAGAGGUACCCUCCCACGACUUCUCCUUUCCAAAUCGAGAAGGACAUCAAGAAGUUGCUUGCGGCUUAAAUCUACGGUUCACCUGUUAUAGUAACAUAGAGAAAGAGAUUGAUAGCUUAUUAACCGGCAAGUGGUACACUACACAAAUUUCCCGGUUAUUGUUGUUAUACCAGAAAUUUAGAUAAACAUGUAAAGCAAUAUCUUCUUCUUCUGUUACAUUAUACGUUCCCAUAAAUAAGAUGUUCGCUUGCCAUUGUAUAUAAACAGCACACCAAUGCCUUUAGGCUUCGGACUUCAUAUAGCACAUCCCAUUAUUACGA